AUGUUCAGUCUGAAGAUGCUUCCACUUCUGUUGUUACUCCACGUGCAGCUUUCCAAGGCCUUUCUAGUACAUUCUGAAUUCCUACAAGAGAAAACUACAAAAAUUGUUCAGAAUUACCUAGAAAAGUUCUACCAAUUACCAAGGUACAAAUAUCAGUCUGAAAGGAAGAACAGCACUAGUGUGAUUGUUGAGAAGCUUAAAGAAAUGCAGCGAUUCUUUGGGUUGAACAUAACAGGGAAGCCAAAUGAGGAAACCUUGGAGAUGAUGCGAAAGCCUCGCUGUGGAGUGCCGGAUACUGGCAAUUUUAUGAUAACCCCAGGAAACCCCAAGUGGAAACAAACUAACCUGACCUACAGGAUUAUUAACUAUACCCCAGACUUGUCAGAGGCUGAAGUGGAAACAGUUCUUGAGAAAGCCUUUAAACUCUGGAGUCUCGCUUCACCCCUGAACUUCACCAAGACCUCACAGGAAGAAGCAGAUAUCAAGAUUGCCUUUCUCCAAGGAGAUCAUGGGGACAAUUCUCCAUUUGAUGGACCCAAUGGAAUCCUUGCUCAUGCCUUUCAGCCAGGCCCAGGUAUUGGAGGAGAUGUUCAUUUUGAUGCAGAAGAAACAUGGACCAAUACCUCCAGAAAUUACAACUUGUUUCUUGUUGCUGCCCAUGAAUUUGGCCAUUCCUUGGGGCUGGCUCAUUCCUCUGACCCUGGUGCCUUGAUGUAUCCCAACUACGCUUUCAGUGAGCCCAGCACCUACUCGCUCCCUCAAGAUGACAUCAGUGGCAUUCAGGCCAUCUAUGGACCUUCGAGCAACCCUGUCCAACCUACUGGACCAACCACACCCACAGCCUGUGACCCCAGACUGACAUUUGAUGCUAUCACUACACUCCGCGGAGAAAUACUUUUCUUUAAAGACAAGUACUUCUGGAGAAAGCAUCCUCACCGACGAAGAGUUGAACUCAAUUUCAUUUCUCUCUUGUGGCCAUCCCUGCCAAAUGGUAUACAGGCUGCUUAUGAGGAUUUUGACAGGGACCUAAUUUUCGUAUUCAAAGGCAAUCAAUACUGGGCUGUAAGUGGCUAUGAUAUUCACCAAGGUUAUCCCAAGAAUAUAGCAAACUAUGGCUUCCCAUGCAGUGUCCAAGCAAUAGAUGCAGCUGUUUCCUACAGGGGAAAGACAUACUUCUUUGUAAACAACCAAUUCUGGAGAUAUGAUGACCAAAGUCAAUCCAUGGAACCAGGUUAUCCCAAAAGCAUAGCAAGUAGCUUUCAAGGAAUAGAAAGUAGAGUUGAUGCAGUUUUCCAGAAGAAUUCCUUCGUCUUUUUCUUCAGUGGACCAAGAUAUUAUGAAUUUGAUCUUAGUACUCGUAGGAUUACUAGAGUUGAAAGAAGCAAUAGAUGGCUUAACUGUAGAUAA